GCGGCUGGGAGCUGGGGUGGGGGCGGCCCGGCGCCGGCUCACGUGACCUCGCUUCCAGGCUGAGCCCUGAUCAGCGCUGUUACCUGGUGUCAGUGAGCUGAGUGCAGCAGCUCAGACCGGGAGCAGCAGCGGGAGACCCGGGACAGAGACCGGCGGCUGCGGGAUACCCGGGACUGGAGGUGGGGCUCUAUUGCCAGGGGUCAAGGUGGUCACGGAUACACAAGCUGUAGCCCUGGUGGCCAUUUACCGCACUAUGGGUCAGCGUGAGCCACUGUACAGGAACAGGCGUGCUGGCCAACAGAAGGCAUUGUCGUCUGAGGACUCAUUUAUUAUAUAGAUCAAGGUCCAGUCCUGGAGCCCAACUGAGAAUCUGCAGCAAGGUCCACUAAAGGAGCCCAACUGAGGAACCUCAGCAAGGUCCACCCCUGGGGCCCAUCUGUGGAACCUCAGCAAGGUCCACUCCUGGGACCCAUCCGAGGAUCUUCAGCAAGUUCCACUACAGGGGCUCAACUGAGGAUCUCCAGCAGAGCCACAAGGGGCCCACCUGAGGAUCCCCAGCUAUGGCCCUCUCCCAGAUCCAAUGUCUGGACAAUAACAAUGUCAACUGGAGGUCCAGUGAGGCUAAGCCUGAGUUCUUCUACAGCGAGGAGCAGAGGCUGGCCCUGGAAGCUCUGGUGGGCUCUGGACAAGAUGCCUUCCAUGAAGUGGUCAAGAAGGAAAACAUCAGGGACUUUUUGUCGGAGCCGGAACUCGCCAAGAUAGUGUCCAGAGUGGAACCUUUUGACCCUGAAUACUGUAACCCCUGGAUAACUGGGGACAAGCCGGAAAAGGAGGGAGAGGGAGACCACCAAGAGGAUGUAGAGCAUUCCUUGGAAUACUGGCCAGAUAAAUCGGACUGCUCCAUCCCUGACCUAGACUUGGGGUGGCCGGACACCGUUACCUAUAGAGGAGUGACCCGGGCAACGGUGUAUAUGCAGCCACCAAUUGAUGGCCAGCCUCACAUAAAGGAGGUGGUCCGGAAGGUGAUCACACAAGCCCAGAAAGUGAUUGCUGUUGUAAUGGACGUUUUCACCGAUGUGGACAUAUUUAAGGACAUGUUAGAAGCUGGCUUCAAGAGGAAGGCCGGGGUCUACCUCAUUCUUAAUGAGUCCGAUGUGAAGUAUUUCCUACAGAUGUGUGAGAAGGCUCAGAUGCACAAAGGUCACCUCAAGAACCUCCGGGUCCGUAGUGUUGGAGGCGCAGAGUUUUAUACCCGUUUCUCAACCAAGUUCAAGGGAUCUCUAGGGCAGAAGUUCAUAUUUGUGGACGGAGACAAAGCUGUUUGUGGAUCUUACAGCUUCACCUGGUCGGCAGCGAGGAUUGACCGAAAUCUUAUCACCGUGCUCUCUGGCCAAGUAGUGGAGAGUUUUGACCGGCAGUUCCAGGAACUCUACCUGCUGUCCAAGGGCGUUAGUCUUAAGAAUGUUCCAAUGGAUAAUGAGCCAAUACCAGAACCAGUGGCACUGCCCGCUCCUGUACCCGCUGCAAUAACAGAAGCAAUAGCCCGGAAAAUGUUUAACCCCAAAUAUGCCCUGGUGACUGUCAAAAGUGCCAGCGAGUCGGGCAAGGAUCCUAAACCAGAAGUCAGCGCUGUCAAGAAAAUCAUCACUAAGACCAGAGGGCUGACCUCACAGCAUCAUACGGAUGAGCCCCAGAUACACCCAGCACUACAAGAUAUGGAGAAAGCCAACAUGUUUGACUAUCUGCCCACAUGGGUGGAGCCUGACCCAGAGCCAGGAAGUGAUAUCUUAGGUUAUAUUAAUAUCAUUGACCCCAGCAUCAAGAAUGCACAGCUCUCACAGAUGAACAGAAUCAAGAUUUGCGACACUUCCCAAGCAACAGCGCAAUAUAUGCAGCAGAGCAGGGAGAAUGAACUGAGGCAAAAUCGGAACAGCCCAACUUGUAGCCAUAGCAAUACUAACCCAUCUAGACAGGCCAGCCAAGAUGCAGGUUCUAGUCCUAGUAAUAGCCAAGGUAACCCAUCUAGGCAAACCAGCCAAGUCGAGGGGUCUGGUCCUAGUAAUAGCCAAGGUAAUCCAUCAAGGCAAGCCAGCCAAGAUGUGCAGACUGGACCUAGUAAUAGCCAGGGUAACCUAUCCAGGCAGGCCAGCCAAGACGAGCGGUUGGAACCUAGUAAUAGUUGUGGUAGCCCUUCCAGGCAGGAGUCUAUCCCAAGUCCAGACAUCGUGCCAGCAGAAUCACCCAACGUGAUUAAUGAUUUAGAACCUCAGCAUACAAGUUACGAUUCUGCACAAAAGCCCAUAGAAGGCUUUGCCGAACUGGCUGGGAGUCAUCACCUUGUGUCCAAAAACAAAGGUCCGGGAGCAGCUGAUGGUAAGCCACCUCCGGUGCCAAAGCCAAGAACAGUGCCAGUCACCGACUUCAUUACCUUGAAGAACACCCUGAAUACCAAAUCUAGCAUGUCCAGUUCACCGACAGGAGAACUCACGGUGCCAUCUGUCAACGGGGUGGACGCCGAGGGAAGAGAUGCGGAGGAUAUUGACCUUCUGAUUGAGACUGAACAUACAGACCAUGAUCAGGAGGAAGACAGUGCUGACGUUUAUCAGUUGUGUGCUGGAGAAUAUUCUUCCAGUGGUUCUGGUUCUCUACCCCCAUCCAAUGCCUCCUCCAUGUCUGAGGAGUACUACCCAUCCUCAUCUGUGCACAGGAGGAGUUCGGACCGUAUUCCCAACGGGGAUCGCCCUCCUCCUCGCAGGAAGCUUAGUGAUGGUUACAUAAGCAGAGGAAGCUUCCUGAGCCCCGUCAGCUCCUCUCAGCCCUUAAUGGAAAGGAGAGCCGCUGAAAAUGGCAAAAGGAGGAACACGCUAGAGGAGGAGCUGAACCGUGUUCUAUCCUCUGGCCACCAAAUGCAAGGGACAGACCGGAUCUAUGCCUUGGAACCUCCUCAGGGGAACCCGCUGUUUCAGUACAGUCCUAACGGGACAGCUGGAGGAUAUGACCGGUUCCAGUCCCAUCCUGGCCCCAGGGACAUAGGCAAGGGAAGAGGCAAAAAGGAGAGCAUGGAGGGUGCAUACCAUCAGGUCCACAGGAAGCCAGAUUCCCCAGGGGCAAGAACCCGAUUGUGGACCAGCAAGGACUAUGGAGGCAGCUAUACGAGUCCCACUCCUCAGAGCCCAGUAACGCCCGACAAUCCGCACACUCCAUUUGGGAUUCCCUAUUCUAAGCUGUCCCAGGCGAAACACCUCAAGAGCAAGAUCGGAGCUGCCAGCCUGGACUCCAGGAGGAAAGGACACAUCCCCCCUGGACACAAGGACCUUUAAAUAAGUUGUGGGGGGACAGGUCCUUAAGUUCUCCGUGCAGAAAUGUUCCUCUGUGAAGCCCUGUACUGAGGGGGCACGGGUUCCACCACACUACGGGCAUGCCCAGAUGUUCUGUGCAGAUGGAUGUACUGUAAUGUAAGCCCAGCAGUUGGAGAACCCUUACUGUGGUCUACCAUGAUCCUCUGAUCCAGGACACGCCACCGGAAAUGUGCUGCUUUUCUUGCCACAGAGGCGGCUAAAUGCGCCAGAUAUGUAUGUGCUUGGUGAGGUGUUGCCGAUGUCUAUUGGGGAACUGAGCUUUUCAUGUGGUCCGUCUCUGCCUGGGCUGCGGGGUCUGCGUUUACUGCGCUUCCGCCCUACCUGUUUACAUUGUUACUUGAACCGUGUCAUUUAUCGAGGAGCUUCGUUAAUGAUAAGUUAUGAUUUUACUUCUCAUUCUGGUGUAGUGAAACCGGUGCUGAGCGUCCGCCAGUUUCCCUAAUGUGGAUCCAGGCAUUCCAGUCUCCUCCUAUAUAGAUAGCGCUAGCCCUUUUUGUGUUCUAAACUGGCGCUUCAUGUUUUUCUUUGUGGCUUGUGAUCAGAAUAUCUGUCUGGGAAGCCACUGCGGUUAUUAUCAGUCAUUUAUGUAGCGCCAGCAUAGGCCGCAGUGCUUUAACCAUUACACCGAUGUCCUGUAAGCUUCUCUUCAUUUUCAUUUUAGCCCAGCCUGGUGCUUUUGGAAUUGUUUACCCUAGUUAUCCAACUUGCUGCAAUUUGUAUGUAUGUGAAUAUGUAACUUUAUGUAGAUAUGUGUGUAUGUAUAUAUUAGACUAGUCAUUAGGUACUAGUACCAGGGGUACAGUUGCCAUUUAAGAAAUCCCUAAUUCAUUGUGGUGCCAUCUAUGUUCUGCAGGGCAGGAUCUUAAUGGUCUUCCUACACUCAGAUGGGGCACCUAUAGUAUGGGCUCAACCAUUAUUCAGGUUGUCAAUUCACUAGGAAAGAAAGUGCCUUUCUGGUAGGGUUACUAUAAUAUCCCUAACAGGGAUAUUCAUGGAUUUAUACAGGUUCUGUGGCUGUGUGACUUCAAGACUUCAGUCUUACCUGGCUUUAUCCAGUCACAGAACCUGUGUACAUCAUAAGGAUAUUAUGGCAAGCCUACUUUUUGGUGAAUAUUGGUUUGGCGCACAACAUGGCGGCCUGCACUGUGUGUAUAGACGUUGGAUACACUGUACAGUAAUAUAAGCAGCCUGCAGUCAGGCCUUUAUUUGUAUGAAUUCAGUAUGAUUUAUCCUGACAGCCGGCAAUUAAACGUAUACCAUUUGUAUAUAUGGCAUUGGACCUACAGGUAUAGUUGGACUGUUGCCAAAAUUCUUUUUGGGGAGAAAAAAAAAGUCUUUAAAAAGAUGAAUAGCAUCAAGCAGAAUUCCAAUGUCUGUAGUCACAUUUCUAUACCAUAGCAGGACUUGCAGGUGGUUAAAAUUGUGGUUUCUCUUGUUAGAUAGCCACGUAUGAGGUAAUGUUCUCUAUCAUCUUUCGCACCUGAUGUGUCUGCAAUAUCCUAGGAAUUCCUGUUCAGCAAGGACAGGAAGUGCAGUGUGCGUCUACAAAAAAAGAUUCCCUCAUGACACACAUGCAGUGCCAGGAUGUUAGCUGUAGGAAGAAUUUAAUAAUACAGAAAAACAAGCAUGUAUUUUUACAGAGCUUCCAACCCAUCAUGGCAUCAGUUUAUAGCCCUAUCAUUAAUGUCCAUUGAUUAAUCUUUUUUUUUUUUUUUAAGUGCUGCUUUCUGUAUUAAUACUUGUGCACUUUAAGGGGAGAGAAUAUUAAAGUAAGUGUCAGAUUCCUCUGUGACAGGAAUAUGUAUAUAAAGGCCACUGGACCCCAACUCGCCAAGCUGAAUUCUGUUAUCGCCUUCGGUCAGCUUGUGCAAUCUGUUCUGACAGUGAUAAUUACCUGGUCCGUGCACCAGUACCAGGCCGCAAGUAUGGUUAGGCCAAAGGUCAUGCCUGGCCAAGGUAGAUCCCCAGAGACCGCAUCACGGAAUAGGUGCAUGGCAUCGGAGCGUGGUAGGUGGCAUGUGGUGUUGGGGACAAUGAGAGCCGGUAUGGCCGCGGCGUACGCUUUUUGCAGAUUUUGGUAGCCUCCAAUUUUGUUAAAUGCUGGAAAGAAAAAAAAUAUAUAUAAUUAAAAAUGUGAAUAACAAAAAAUGCUCUAGAACAGAUGUGGAAACCUAGGUUCGGACUGGCAGCUCGUCGGUUAACCCUUAGUUUCGACAUUGAAACCAUGUUUGGUGUAUUUUACAUGAUCUGUGACCAGUGGCAGCACUGUAGCUGUACAUUAAUGUGCAGCCAUCACCGACGCACAGUGAGGCAGCCAUUUUGUAGGCAGUAGUCAUGAGAAUGCAGCCUAGCAAAUCAACAGGAACUAACGAUAUUCCGUUUACCACAAAAUGGCUGCUGUGCCUAGGUGGUGGGUGCUCUUUAUAAGCAGGGUUGUCAGCUAAUCUCUUGCACAUGGCUGUAUCUCCCCAUAUCAUAUAUGUAAGUGAAAAAUCCUUUCCAGAGGUAACUACUGGUACGGUUAUGAUAGCAAUUCUAUACAGUCCAGUGUGUCGGCUUUUACAGUGUUUUUCUAUGGGAAUUAAUACCAUUGCUGUCAGGUGACCAGUCGGCCAUAUUGUCUGUAACCAUAUCUAAAAUCCAUGAUGGCUAAGAAACAUUCCUGGGGCGUCCUGCUGUGCAUUAUGGGAAACUGUAUUGUGCAUAUGGGGCAGAGGACGCAGCUUGUGAGAGAUUGUCUCAUCUGCCGUCUAAAUCAGGUUUUUUUUUAAAGUUCCAGAGAUCAGCACAAAUCCUACUCUUUGAUUCCUCAUGUUUCAGCUGUGACAAUCUGCAAAGUUCUGAGACUAUUUUUGUAUGGUGUAAAAUAAUUUUUAAGCUAUUUUAAAAUAUAUGCAGUAUUUAAAACCCUU